AAGAAAAUUGAAGUGGUCAAAGUGUUACCCCAGUCUGCCACAUCGAUUACAUAUUUUGGGGACCUUUUAGAACAGAGGGUCCUGUCAAAGAUUUUGCUGCCAUGGCUUCUUCUAGUUCUAGGAGAUGGGCUACCCUCAUUUGCUCCAUUGCCUUCUCAAUAUAUUUCUUUAUCAUCAUUUUUCAAGUUCCCAUUUUCAGUGUUCCAUGUAGAUUUGGAAUUUGUCAUACUCCAUUAGAAGUGACAUCUUCUCAGUUAAUUGCAAGUGAGGUCUUCCCUCUUUUUAUAGUGAAGGCUCUUCUCUACCCUGGAGCUCUAGCAAAGGCAAUUUGCAAGCUGAAAACCAUCCAAAGCUACAGAAAUCUGCUAAACUUGUACCAGUUCAAUACAAGGGCAGUCUCUGCUGCAUCAGAUCUCCAACGCCUAGAGGUUCUGGCAGGAAGCUACUUGUCUGUGGGAGGAGCAAUCACAGGUCUGAUAAAACCAGGGAGAAUGAGCCUUUUUGGAAUACUACUUCUUAUGUGGGGUCUGAUUAGAGAGUCCAUUAUGGGAAAAUCUGGUUUUGCUCAUGCAAAAGGUAUCCAUAUCUAUCCAGCCAUGUAUAUUGCACUAAUCUCAGCAUUCUUCUCCAUUAGAAAGGAUGUCCGAAAGAUAAUCCGUACUUUCACUCGAAAGCAUGUUGUGAAGGCUAAACGUUAUAAAUCGAAGGUAAAAUGAGUCUGGCAAUGACACACAUGCAUCCUUGGCCUAACUAGCCUAUGAUGCUUGAAUCUGAUAGGUAGGUAGCACUUCUACUUAUUGUUCAAUGCAAUUGAAAACACAGGAAUACAAGACUUCUUAAUCAUAGGGUAGCUAGUGGAGAAUAUGCAGCACGAAUUUUAUGUAUUGUUCAGGAAUGAGAAUGACUUGUAGACAUUGUCAAGCUCAUUCAUUGCUGUUCAGAAUAGCGGCUUGACAAAAUUCUUUAGGAAGUGCACAGUGCAGCUUAUUGUGCCCUUGUAGUUCUUUCACUGCUUUAAUCAAAAUUCAUGCAAAAAGAUGGAUUUUUUUUUUU